UGACAUUGAAUGGGGAGACCCAGCGCGAGCGAGGCGCGCGCGCGCACACCCGCGCACACCCGGCCAGGCUAGCUCAGAGAUCCCCGGCCACAGGACGACCUGGAGCUCCAAACAGCGGCGACAGCAUGAGCCUGUGCUGACCUCCGGCCGGCCGGCCAAGCCCCGGGCUUUGUCGCGGUACCUGCUCCCGGCCCGCGCCGCCACUCUUUUGCAAUCUUUUGUUGGCAGCGCUGACCGCUCUAAGUUAAAUGCUCUCUUGCUAUUUUUUUUUUUUUUUUGGUCUGUUUGUUUAAUUUUGGGAGAGCUCUUGCGAUCUUGGAAAAGCCUCAGACGCCAUCUACAGUUAAAUCGUAGAUAACUACCCUCUCCGGCACCCCCUCCUUCCACGCCCCCCACCCUUUCCACCAAAAAAGGGGGUGCAGCGCGGAUUCCGUCUGCCGAGCGGCGCGAGCCGGUAGACCUGUGCUGAUUUCCUUUUUCUUUUUGUUGGGUUUCUAACGCGCGGAGAGCAAGCCGCCGCCGCCGCCGCCGCCGUGCGCUCGCCGAAGAUUGCACGAACUAGCACAGGGCUCCUCCGCCCCGUCUGCAAGUCGGAAGCCUGCUUGGGGAUCGCUCCCUCCGGGGGACCCGCCGCUGCGGCUCCCACUUUAGCCACCCGGCUCCUCGUCUGCAUCCACGCUGGAAAGAGAGGGAGAGAGAGAAACUAAAAGUGCGGAGGUUCUGCACAUCUCCGGCUGCUCUGGGGUAACAAAAGGACCCGAGCCGCUGCCGACCGAGUCCCCCCGGGAGCCGGGCUCGGAGCAGACCAGGUGCCCGGCGGCGCGCAUUUGGGGCUUCUAACUCUCCGCGCAGCCCCCUUCCCAUCCCCUCGCCUCGCGUCCCCUUUUAAAAUCCGUGGCACGGAGGCGCCUGCCGCCGCGCUCGCCAGCGGCUCAUCCCUCCAGCGGGUUUUUUUUGUUUGCCGUGUGCGCUCCCCACACUCAUGAACAUACACAGGUCUACCCCCAUCACAAUAGCGAGAUAUGGGAGAUCGCGGAACAAAACCCAGGAUUUCGAAGAGUUGUCGUCUCUGAGGUCCGCCGAGCCCAGCCAGAGUUUCAGCCCGAACCUCGGCUCCCCGAGCCCGCCCGAGACUCCGAACUUGUCGCAUUGCGUUUCUUGCAUCGGGAAAUACUUAUUGUUGGAACCUCUGGAGGGAGACCACGUUUUCCGCGCGGUGCAUCUGCACAGUGGAGAGGAGCUGGUGUGCAAGGUGUUUGACGUCAGCUGCUACCAGGAGUCCCUGGCCCCGUGCUUUUGCCUGUCCGCUCACAGCAACAUCAACCAGAUCACCGAAAUCAUCCUGGGGGAGACCAAAGCCUACGUGUUCUUCGAGCGGAGCUAUGGGGACAUGCACUCCUUCGUCCGCACCUGCAAGAAGCUGAGGGAGGAGGAGGCGGCCAGGCUCUUCUACCAGAUCGCCUCGGCCGUGGCCCACUGCCACGGCGGGGGGCUGGUGCUGCGCGACCUCAAGCUGCGGAAGUUCAUCUUCAAGGACGAGGAACGGACUCGGGUCAAGCUGGAAAGCCUGGAAGAUGCCUACAUCCUGCGGGGGGACGAUGACUCCCUCUCCGACAAGCACGGCUGCCCUGCUUACGUGAGCCCGGAGAUCUUGAACACCAGUGGCAGCUACUCGGGCAAAGCCGCCGACGUGUGGAGCCUGGGAGUGAUGCUGUACACCAUGUUGGUAGGGCGGUACCCUUUCCAUGACAUUGAGCCCAGCUCCCUCUUCAGCAAGAUCCGCCGGGGCCAGUUCAACAUUCCAGAGACUCUGUCGCCCAAGGCCAAGUGCCUCAUCCGCAGCAUCCUGCGGCGGGAGCCCUCGGAGCGGCUGACCUCGCAGGAAAUUCUGGACCAUCCUUGGUUUUCUACAGAUUUUAGCGUCUCGAAUUCAGGAUAUGGUGCUAAGGAGGCGUCGGACCAGCUGGUGCCGGAUGUCAACAUGGAAGAGAACUUGGACCCUUUCUUUAACUGAGCUCGCGGCCCGCAGAGACGGAGCUGGUACCAGGAGCGAGAGAGGGCAGUGGGAAGGAGUUCUUCCAGGGAACGCGCGUCACCUGGCUCGGCAGCAAGAAGGACACUGACACUCGCAUGUUUCUUGGUUCAGAGAAGGGAAAUCUUAACAGGAGCUGGCGGAACCCGUAGCAGGGGGCAAGCCGUGUUCGUGUUCGGGUGGGGCUCCGGCUCUGCGGUCCGGUCAGAGGCGGGGAGCCCCUGGAGCUCCUCCUCCCUGAUUGGCCCCAGAGACCACCCCCCCGUCAGUCAGGCUCCGCCUACCCCACUUUUCGUUUUGUUCAAACAUAGCUGCAGAUCCUGACGGAAUCGAAUCUCUGCCUCAAACACACAUCUUGGCAUCGCACUGUUAGCAUUUAACUUCUUGUCAUGAUUCAGGGAAGGUAUAAUUGGCUAAGGGUUUUGUUUUGUUUUUUUUUUUCUCCUUUUUUUAAAGAAGCCAACAACCACCUAUCUGAUAACUAACGUUCACUUAAAAACAAAUUCGGUGCACACAGACUGACCUGGAACCUGGGUGCUAAACUAAAAGAGAACAGAAGUCCAGUUUGUGUCUCUUAACCACUCUCUUCAACUCGCUUCUUCUGAGCAAACGAUUUCAUAUCCCGGUCAGGAAAUGAGAUGUUAAUUAUUUGCUCCCUGAAGGGGGAGAAAAAAAAAAUCUCUCCUUUAAUAAGCUAUUCUGUUUUUUGUCAAUUGGUUUGUGGCAGGAAGCUAUUAGAAGUCAAACUUCCAGAUGCAUUACUGCUAUCAUAAUUUAAAGAAUGAAAAAAAAAAAGGAAGAGAGGAAAAGAGACAUUCGAGUCUUUAAUUGUUUUUUCUUUUGAAGGGUGAGGGUGGCCGGCGGGCAUCCUCCUGGCUGGCGUGGGAGCAGAGCGGCGGUGUGAGCCGGUGGGACGCUCUUGGUUGGAGUCUGACGCUUUUGCGACCCCUGACCCUCAAACUAAACGUUCUUGUCUUUGCUUUAUUGGAGACCAGUGAGACAAAGCAGGUUGUCCCACAUGUAUCAAAUACAGGGCAGCUAUUUCGUUUUCUUUAUGAAGAAUGAUCCUUUUGGCUUGGAAGGCCCUCUGGUUCGGACAGAAACCCUCGGUGGAGACAAGCGGGAAAGAAAAUAAGCUGAAAGCUAGGAUGAUAUAAAUAAAAACAGCUCUCUAUCCCAAUACGCACCUUUGUAUCUUCAAGAACUCUUCUAUUUAUUAAGGAAAAUGUCACAUUGUGAUGUAUUAAGCCAGUAUUUCAAUUACGGGUUGACUUGGGAUGACAUGUUACAUGCUGUUGUUAACAUUUAUAUAUAUAUAUUUUUUUCUUGUUUUGAGUAUUUCUGUCCCUGAAAUAACCUUUUCUUUGGCUUUUCUAGAUAGCUUUAUUUGAUUUUGAGUGGCCUGUUGUUUCUUCUUCUUUUUUUUUUUAUUAACGGCUUUUCUAUUGCUGUAUGAUGCAGAACUCUUUUGGCAUAAAUAUUUGUGUUUCCAGUACCUCAGUUGUUUGGAUUUUACUGCCUGUAUGCGUUUUGUGAAAUGGUCCUGUUUUUGGGUAGGUCACAUGUGGACUCUAGUAUGUAAAUGUUACUUGAAUCUGUGCUCCAUUAUAGUGUGUGGCAUGUAUGUGCAGACCCGGAUGCUUUAUGCCUGCCCAGCAGGAGCCCGGCCCUCGCCUUCCCGCGAGGGCGGCUUAACCUUCAUGUCAGGAGACGAGGCGGCCACGGAUUUGCCCCCGAUCCCGCUCUGACGGCGGAAGACGUGAAGGAGAGAGGUGUUUCGCGCACCUGAAGAUGGUUCUCCAUCGAGGAGGACCUGCUUUUCUCCCUUGUCCCCUGUUUAAGAACCCGGAGGAAGAUGGAUCGGUAACAUGCAUGGCGGGGGUCUAUGGCCUCUGGUGCUUUGUCCUGUAUUUGGUUUCAUGUUUUUGUCCUAAUCUCUUCAAUCAAUAAAAUCGUGCGUAUUUAACUAAAA